AUGGAUGCCCUAGUUUCGGCGGUAAAGUUUGCUCAAGAAGCGGCAUUGGAAUCUAAUGCCGGCAAUUCAGGAAGUGCAAUUGAACUGUACAAAAAGGCAAUUGGGAUCCUGCAAGAUUCGUAUAAAAAUGAAAAUGACGAGCAUAUGAAACGGAAGAUCUUUAAUCAAAUGAAAAUCUAUCUAGAGAAAGCGGAAUCUAUAAAGGAAAUCAGUGACAAUUCUACUGUUAAACAUAAUAAAUUUGGCGUCUCUAAAUCCCCCCAAACAAACAAUUUUGCGUCUCAAAGUACAAAUAUCACAGUAUCGCCAAAAGAAUCUACCGUAAAAUGGUCAGAUGUGGCGGGACUAGAUAAUGCAAAGGAAAUAAUGGAGGAGGCAAUCUUAUUGCCACUCAAAUUUCCCAAUAUUUUCAAAGGCAAAAUAAGACCCUGGAAGUCAAUACUGCUGUACGGGCCCCCUGGCACUGGAAAAACGCUCAUCGCCCAAGCCUGCGCGUACGAAUGCAACAUUCCAUUCUUUUCCAUCUCUUCGGCGGAUAUCAUGAGCAAAUGGCAGGGAGAAUCGGAAAAGUUUGUGAAGAAUCUGUUCAAAAAUACACCUGACCAAUGUAUUAUCUUCAUCGACGAAAUAGAUUCCAUAUGCGGGGAGAGAAAUGAAACAGAUAGUGAAUCAUCUAAGCGCGUUAAAACAGAGUUACUAAUCCAGAUGCAAGAUCUGUUUAACUCCGAAAAACAGACAAUCGUAAUCGCAGCUACUAAUUUACCUUGGACACUAGACAGUGCAGUGAGGAGAAGGUUUGAAAAAAGAAUUUACAUUCCUCUACCAAAUAAAAUUACAAGAAAACAAAUACUACAAAUGAAUCUCUCUGACCUGCCUAACAAUCUCAGCGAUGCAGACCUAGACGACAUUGCAAGGCUAACUGAUGGAUUCAAUGCUGCAGAUGUAGGAAUACUAGUUCGAACUGGAAUUAUGUACAGCUUGAAAGUUUGCAGGGAUUCUACCCACUUCAAGCUGCUUCCAAAUGGCAGUUACACUCCAUGUGCACAAACUGACCCUAGUGCCAUUAAAAUAACAUUUAAUUGCAUUCCUACCAACAAAUUAUCGCUACCUGCGAUGGACAAGAGUGCCUUGAUGCAAGCACUGGACGUGGUGUCCAGCUCAGUAGAUCCACAGAUGCUGGGCAGGUAUGAACAGUGGACCCAACAAUUCGGUCAAUAA